AUGUUGCAGAUCGCAUCCACUCCCCUCCACUCUCCCACUCUCCUUCCACUCCCCCUCGCCCCUGCUCUCCCCGCUCCCCCUCCCACUCUCCCUGCUCCCCCUCCCACUCUCCCUGCUCCCCCUCCCACUCUCCCUGCUCCCCCUCCCACUCUCCCUGCUCCCCCUCCCACUCUCCCUGCUCCCCCUCCCACUCUCCCUGCUCCCCCUCCCACUCUCCCUGCUCCCCCUCCCACUCUCCCUGCUCCCCCUCCCACUCUCCCUGCUCCCCCUCCCACUCUCCCUGCUCCCCCUCCCACUAAGUACCAGGCCACCCCUGCUCUCCCCGCACCUCACAUAGUUGCACCCUCCCUUGUUGCACCCUCCCUUGUUGCACCCUACUCCCCACUCCCCCUCGCCCCUGCUCCCCUCACCACUCUCCCUCUCCUCCGCCCCUGCUCCCCUCUCCACUCUCCUCCACCCCUGCUCUCCGUUCUCCCUCGCCCCUGCUCCCCCCACCACUCUCCCACUCCGCUGCUCCCCUCCACUCUCCCACUCCACUCUCCCACUCGCCCCUUCUCUCCAUUCUCCAUCACUCUCCUACUCUGCUCCCAGCCCCAUACUUGUACCAUACUGCAUGCUGUUCCUUCUAGCAGCAGCCCGCUGUUGCAUCCCACCCCCCCCCUCAUAGCAGCAGCAGCACCCCCUGUAACAGCACCACCCCUCAUAGCAGCAGCACCCCUCAUAGCAGCACUCCCCCUUGUAGAAGCAGCGAUCCCCCUUCUAGCAGCAGCACCCCUUGUCGCAGCAGCAGCACCCCUCUUAGCAGCAACCCCCCUUGUAGCAGCACCACCCCUCAUAGAAGCAGCACCACCCCUCUUACCAGAAGCACCCCCCUUGUAG